GCAUUUCUUUCCAAGCAGCCGGUGAACAGAGAGUUUUCAAUAGAAAACCUCAAACACUUAACAGACACUAAACAGGAGGUGAAUAAAGUUUCCAGUAUGCUUCGCUGCAGAGUGCCAAAGCCGGCGAUAUUGAGCCUUAUCUUGAUUCAGGCUGUCACAGUGGUGCUUCUGUUCAGCUGGUACAGCCGCCCAGCUUCUCAAAACAUGUCUUCAUCUGAGGGUAAAGUUCACGUGCUGCUUCUCUCAUCCUGGAGGUCCGGUUCCUCCUUCUUGGGUCAGGUGUUUAAUCAGCAUCCGGAUGUGUUUUAUUUAAUGGAGCCAGGCUGGCAUGUGUGGACAUCCAUAAAGCAUGCCGGCGCACGCAGCUUACGAAUGGCAGUGCGUGAUACGAUACGCAGCGUCUUCCAGUGCGACUUGUCUGUGAUGGAUUCGUACAUCCCCCAACAACAAAACGUCUCCCAUCUCUUCAUGUGGAGUCACAGUCGCGCGCUCUGCUCUCCACCCGCGUGUAUGCUAACGCCCCAUGGCGAGAUUAGCAAAGAACCAGAGUGCAAGCUGCACUGCGACACGCAUGGUUUGAAGCUCGCAGAAGCGGCGUGUCAGACUCACAGCCACGUGGUGUUGAAAGAGGUGCGAUUCUUUGAGUUGGACUCUUUGUACCCGCUGCUGAGAGACCCAAGUCUGGAUCUGCGCAUUAUUCACCUAGUUCGCGACCCGCGAGCGGUGUUUCGUUCCCGCGAGCAGUCGGCCAAAGCCCUGGCCAGAGAUGCGGCCAUAGUUCUGGAACAAGCUGAUAUCCCGGAGAAAGACAGGCAAUACAACGUCUUGCAAGAGGUUUGCCGCAGUCAUGUACGUAUUUAUGAGACAGCCAUGCUUAAGCCGCCGGAUUUCUUGCGUGGUCGCUACAAAAUGGUCCGUUAUGAGGAUCUAGUGCGCAACGCGUUGACCGAGAUCGAAUCUAUGUACCAGUUUGUGGGUCUCGAAAUUACUGAAAACUUGCAGGAAUGGAUCUAUCGCAUCACCCAUGGUAAGGGCAAGGGUACGAAGAAGGACGCCUUCAAAAUCACAUCGCGAAAUGCAGAGGAUGUCUCCUUGGCUUGGCGAACCACUUUACCAUACGAGAAAGUCCAGCGCAUUCAAGAUGUAUGCAAAGGAGCCAUGUCUCUGCUCGGCUAUAAGACCGUGGAUAGUGAGAAAGAGCAGAAACUGUUGGAUUUGCAAUUGUUGACUCCGCGGGAACGCUACCAAUUCAGUUGGCUACCGCAGAAAAGCACUUCCGCUAAAAUAUAGAGUCGCCCGAGUGAUCAAUAACUGAGCCACCCAAUGAGUGGAGGUGCAGUCGCGUCCAUCAGUUUUGUUCUCCUUCAGCUUAUGCUAGUGUAAAAACGAAAUGAGGAACAAUAAAAUAUUUAUGGACAAUCCAACAUUCGUAGUGUCCUCAGUGCACAGGAAGCAGCUGUUGUUCUGUUCAACGGGAUGCCAGAGGAAUGAGGAGUUAAAAGAGAUGUGUUUCUCACACAAGGAGAACUUUUAACUACUGGAUGCAGUUUUUGAAGAAAUGAUGGUCCAAUAAUCAACUUCAACAUGUAUUUAUAGACAAUUAAACUAUUAUGGUGUUUAGUUUUUUAUUGUUGUUUACAGCAAGGAAAAUUGCAUUUCAAAAGAUACGUAUUGGUAAAGGGAUCUAUGGGACUGCUUGUUUCUCUCUCUUGUUUCACGAUAGACAUGUUUGCAUUUACCACUGCAGGACAUAAAUGUCAGUCAACAACUUCACACAAACUGUGACAGCAUAAUGAUAAAUGUCGCUAUCCUUGCAUAUAAAGCAGUUUAUUUGAAAGUAUGUUUAGAUUGUUGGUGUUAUUCUGUUUGAAGGAUAUUUUCUUGUUAAAUAGUUGCUGUGAUUUGUCACUGGACACUCCUGAGUUUAGGCAAACACUUGAGCUACAAGUUAAACUCAAUCGACAGCAUAUGUGGCAUAAUGUUGAUUACCAUAAAUAUUAAUUUAGACUCGUCCAUCCUUUUAUAUAAAAAAAAAAAAAAAAAACAGCAAAAAUCGAGGUUACAGUCUGGCGGUUUCAAAUGGAAGUGUGAAUUUGGACAGUUUUUGGAGGGUUUCUGGAAACAGGAGCUCACACUUGCCCAUGCGUUCAAAAACAUUUCCUGCUUCAGCCACUGGGGGCAGUCCUUCGAAUAUCUGUAAGCACUGAGUUUAGCUCAAGAAAGGUCAACCUACUGUACAACCUACUGAGAAAUGUGAAGCUUAUAAUUUUAUAAAAGCACUUGCAUUAAUUCUUCUGUUAAAACUUGUUUAUUAUUUGACCUGUAAAGUUGUUUAUAUUGAAAGUUAUUUUGGGGAUUACGGUGUUGCGUGGUCAACGGCAUAAUUUUUUCACCACAAUUUUGCUAAAUUGGAUUUAACUUUGCACAGAUAAGGUUAGUUAGUAAUAUUAUCACACUAAAAUCAUGUUAACACACAUUGUGUACAUCUUGUGUCUAUAUUUUUGAAACUGUGUGUAUUUUAAAGUUUACGGAUUGGCUCCAUUGAAUUCCAUUGUAAGUGCCUCACUGUUUGUUUUUUUGUUUUUGUUUUUUUAAAUAUAAAGUAGGGGCAAGUGAAAGUAGAAUUUUGUGGUGAUCAACAUUAUGCCACAAAUGCUGUUGAUUGAGCAUAACUUGUAUAGAACCCGGACUAUUCCUUUAACCCUAACCAUAAACAGUAUCUUCUGAACAAGGGAGCGUCUUAUUAAAACCAAUGAAGGAAACACAAAAUGACAAACAGCAGACUUCAUUUAACUCAUAAUGCCAUAAACAGCUUUAUUGUGGUAAAAGCAUAUUUUUAUCACUGCAUUAUUUCACCUUUAUAUGUUCUUGCAAAAUGUUUAAGAACAAAGAAAGUGCUCCAGGUAACAGUGGCAUAAUAAAAUCAAACAGAAACAAAUAUUUAACUACCUUUUAACUAGCUUUAAGGAGAUGUGAAUGCUUUUUACAAGUUGGAAUCUUGUAAUUACAGUAAUUCUGACAUGACCUGAACGCCCCCAAAAAUUUGAUUGUACGAGCCACAUUCGAAGCCGUAGAAUAGCUGAUAAAUACACACCUGUAACCAUUAUAUUAAUGUGCCAAGUUGUAACACAGUAUUAUAUUUGGCAACCGUAAACAGAACACCGAGACUAGUGAACUAUAUUACUUGGCAGAUUUUUUUUUUAAUUGCUAUUUAUUUAACAAUAUCGCAGUUAAAGCAAUAUGUUAUCAUGUCGCUGUUGUUUUAGAAAUGCAGUGAGAGGCAUUGCAUUACAGCCAUUUUGCAACAGUUAAAUUGCUUGAUGUCUUGCCUACCUAACCCCUCGAUGCUCGAAAUCAUUGUAAAGCAGUUGUAGUUUAUUGCUUUAAUGAACAUCAGUCUUUAUUAUUAUUAUUGUUUUGAUGACAGAUAAAUCUAUGAGAGGAAAAAACAUGUUCUAUUGAGACUUUUUCCAAUAGGGUUAUACAGUGCAAAAUAUACAUUUACCCUCAGUUCCAAACUGCUUUUAGUUACAUAGUAAACUUCUAAUGGUUUAGUCUUCAGAUUAUAUAAUUAUAAAUACAAAAAUAUAUCAUAAGAGAAAAUAUAAGGCAUAAGGUUUUCUUUCUGGCUGUAAUAUUUCAUUAUUGAAUAGAUAGAUGAGAACUUUUGCAUUCAGAGUGUAAGAUUCUUUCACUAUAGAUUUUAUUUCCCCUUACAGCCAAUCAAUUUUCACAAAAAUGUGCAAAUUCCACAUAUUUGCUUUAUCCAUAAUUUAAUCAAGCUAAAAUGAAAGUCGACUUCAACAGGAAUGCCCUGAAGUGUUAGAGAAAAUACAGUAACAAUGUAUGAUUGCGAUGACUUAAUGUUUUUUAAUUGUUGCACAUUUAUCCUGGUAAAGCAGUGUGUGAAGUCUGGCUAACAGGAGCAUAAGUGAUAAUUUAGCCACUGACUUCAUGAUUCACAUUUACAUAUUAGUACUACUUUGUUUUCCAUUUGCAUAAAGAACAAGGGCUUUUAUUAUUUUAUUUCUGUGAAUUAUUCUAUGUACACACAGGCUGAACCUAAUAUGAUCAGAUAAAAUGUAGUUUAGGUUUAUGUAAUGUUUACGGGGAUGGGGGUAUGCAGAAGCUGGUUUUGUAUGUAUGUUUUGUGUGUUUAUUUUUUAGGAUUGCUGAGGUAUUGCUAUUUUAUGAGGUUAUGUUUGAUUUGAAUCUUGAAUGGGAGCAGGUAUUGAAUUUCAUUACAUUUUGAAUCACAUUGAUUUUAUAUUUAACACAGUGUACAUAUGAGUUCAAGUGUGCAUGAAGAUGCCAUAAGAUUAAUAACCCAUUAAAACACUCAACGCAUGUUAAGAAAAUGUAGAUGUUUUUUACUCAUGAAAACAUAUGGGUAAUGUGUGUUCAGAACAGACAAUUUAUUCUGUAAUGAAAUACACAUAUAUAUGUAAGAUGAUAUAAAUGUAUGUUAAACGUAUAUGAAGGGCAGAAUCGACUGUGAUGUGAUUUUGAAUAGUGUCUGAACCCAUAGAAAAUCAUAUCCAUGGUACAAAUUUAGAGUGUCAUUAUUUAUGCUCGGAUGCAGUGAGUUGUCUCUUUAUAUUUUAUGAUGGUAAUUCUAAAUACACAUUCUUUUUGGUUGUUUGCACAUAUUCAGGAUAAAAUAUGACACCUUAGGAAUUUAUAUGUCUGAAUCUGCUUCUUUGAUCAAUGUAGAAUGUUUGGUGGAAUGAAAUACAAUUUUGAAUGUAUCUUCCCACUUUAAGUGCCCUAGUCUUUAAAUAUUGAUCAUUAAAACUCUUUCUGCUGUAACAGGUACAUACACACAAAAAAGCUGUGAUGUUUACUGUGUCCUUUUUAUUGCUGGAUCAUGAAGUUGACCACAGAAAGAAUGAUCCUAAUGGAAUAAUGUUUUCAAACAUGUUUCCCGAACACUCCCCUCGUCUGCCAAACACAUAGCCCCGUCCUGUACUCAUGCCAUUAGUUAAAUAAUUGUUGCUGUGUCAGGUCGGUUGGGAUGCUUAAAUAAACAGAGCAAUAUUUUCAGAGUUUAAACUCUUCAAGGAGUCAACCUUCCAAUGGCUAUUGUCUCUGUAUAUUCAGCUGGGAUACAAGAAAAUACUUAACACACACACACGCCACAUUAAAAUGUCCAUAAAUUCACAAGGAACACAGCAGGAUUUGAUUGAACUAUAAUUUAAUGAUGUUUAGAACCCUCCAAAAUUUAAGAAGACGUAGGCAUUUACCAAGAUCUUAAAAUGUAAGAUGGUCUUUUAUUUUACAAUUUUACAAACACUCGACACACAGGGGACACUGAUAUAUACAACUCAUACUGUGACAUAGCGUAAACAUCACAAUCAAUUUAGUUUAUUUUAUUUUUGGCAGAUGACAUUUGAAUUGAAAUUCAACUGAACUUUAGAUUGAACUGUUCAGGUGCAAUACAUUUCUUGAAAGGUCAUUUGUUUGUGCUACAUCAUGACAUUUCACAUUUCUCAAUAACUCUAACUGGCUUCUGUAGCCUGAUUCAAAACCUUAUUGUAAUUGUGUUA